AUGUCUUGGCUGUUCAACGGCGCGGCAAGGAAGCUGCAGGGCGUGACGGUCAUAGCUCGCACUAUUAGCAACAGCAGCUGCCAUCAUCUCCCUAGCUUGGCACCUCUCAACGUCUUCAACACAUACCAUCGCAACGUGCAAGUGGUGCCAUUAGAUAUGAGCAAUGAUGCGCCUACGCUCCGAGAAAUCAUCCAACUAACUCGUCAAGAACUCACAAAUAGGCACGAAUUCGAUGCGAUUCGCGAAUGUGGACGCGCUGCGCUGGCGCUCCUAACUGAGGAUAUCGAGCUGGGCUUGAAGCUUGCGUAUCAGAAACUACACGAUGUGCCGUAUAAGGAGGUGAAGACGUGUUGGCGCAGGUUAUACACGGAUGCGAGUCUGUGGAAGGUGUUGAAGCUGGUAGGCGACCAGCACGGCCAACCUUCGACGACUGGAAGCGAAGAACAACGAGAUACCAGGGAGAAGAAUGCCUCGAUUGACGACGUAGUGCGAACACUGGACAUGACGCUUAUACUGACCGGCGCACCUGAGAGAGAAGAGCUUGUAGAGCUAUGGUUUGCAGCGCUGAGAGCUGCCCUAACACCUCCAGAACCACACCUCGACAUCGAAACUUCCGAACGGUCGAACAAGAGAAGAAAGUUAUCGUCUUCACUCCAAUCCUCGCACAUACGGACAAGCUUCCCAACGGUGCUUCCUGAUCCCUCGCCCACCCUUCGACACGCGAUACCUCGAGCGAACGAACUCAGUCUAGAGGCUUUCCAGAAGAGACUCAGUGAUAUGACUAUGCACACGCCCGUCAUCAUCGAAGGUGCGAUACAACAUUGGCCUGCGCUUGAGGAACGGCCAUGGAGUGAUCCAGGGUAUCUGCUGGAGCAGACGCUGGGCGGUAGGCGACUUAUACCAGUGGAAGUAGGGAAGAGCUAUACGGAUGAAGGCUGGGGUCAGCGCAUCACCACCUUCCGCGACUUCAUGGAGACAUAUAUGCUCAAAGGACAGGCAGACAUUGUCCCAACUGCAUCACACACGGACGGGACGGAUGGCACGUCCCAACCAUACUCCGAUAAGAACACACCAAUACCAACCGGCUACCUAGCCCAGCACGACCUCUUUGCUCAAAUCCCCUCUCUGCGCGCCGACAUUAGCAUACCUGAUUACUGCUACUGCGAGCCCGCUCCAUCCCCCCACCUCGCACAUGUCAAACCUGUUGCCAAGCUCGAAGAACCUUUACUCAAUGCUUGGUUCGGGCCUGCUGGUACUGUGUCACCCCUCCACACCGAUCCGUACCAUAAUAUCCUCGCUCAGGUUGUAGGAUACAAGUACGUGCGGCUUUACGCACCGGGAGAGACCGAGCGGUUAUAUCCGAGGAGUGUGGAUGAGAGUGGUGUGGAUAUGAGUAAUACUAGUCGAGUCGAUUUGGAUGAAGCGAUGGCGGUGUGGCCCGGGAUAUCUUGUUGGGAGGGUGAGAGAGUCUGUGGAGAUGAUGAAAAGGAAGUACUGUAUGAACGAAGAAGAGCAUUUGAAGAAGAAUUUCCUAGUUUCAAGGAUGCGCGGUAUGUGGAGGGUAUACUAGCACCGGGUGAGUGUCUUUACCUUCCUGUGGGCUGGUGGCAUUAUAUACGUAGUUUGACGCCUAGUUUUAGCGUAAGCUUUUGGUUUAAUUGA